UUGCCUUGGAGUAAACCAACAGUAACUUCUGCAGGAAAUGAGCGAGUUCGUUCCAGUAUUUUAAGCGUUUUAGGAACAGGGGAAAUGUGUGGUGAUGGCAGUAUACGUUGUUAAUACUUUUAUCUUACUUGGAUUUAACAACCACUGAGAUCAACGGACACGAUGGAGAAGGCCGAGAUGGAGGAGAACUCCUUCGAGUCACUGGAGAAGGAGUUCCAGGAGGUGCUCAGCGAGCUGCUGGGUGACAAGAGCCUGGAGAAGUUCCGCGUGGAGUACGAGAAGCUGACCAACGCCCUGAAGAAGUCGCAUGAGAGCGAGAAGCGGCUGAUGACCAAAUGCCGGGAGCUCAAUGGCGAGAUCGUGUCCAACGCUGCCAAGGUGGCCACGGCACUGAAACUCUCUCAGGAGGACCAGACGACCAUCACUUCCCUCAAGAAGGAGAUCGAGAAGGCCUGGAGGAUGGUGGACACGGCCCACGACAAAGAGCAGCGUGCGGACGAGACCAUCCAGGCGCUGAAGCAGGAGAUCGUCAACCUCACCAAGCUGCUGGAGCAGGGCGCUGGGCUGUCUGUGGGACAGGAACAAACCGUGGGCGAUCUGUUGAAAGUUAGAGACGAGCUGAGCAAGGAGAGAGAUAACCUACUGAAGGAAGUGGUGACCUUGCGUCAGAACCUCACCCAGGCCAUAUCCAACCAGCAGGACGUCGAGUCGCAGAAAGAAAGCGCCAUGGAGACCAUAACCAAGAUGCAGCAGGACAUCCAGGUGCGUCAGAAUGAGUGCUCGCGGGAGCUGCGUCGGCGCGAGAAGCUGGAGAAGGAGCUGCGUCAGCUCCACGCCGACCUGGACGCCAAGGUGGCCGACAUCAAGGCCCUGACCCAGCAGAUGCAGCGCAGCAAGGACGAGCAGCAGCGCCAGGAGCAGCAGCUCAGGGAACAGAGGAUCCUGAACGAGAGGGCGACCAAAGAGCUGGAGCAGCUGCAGGUGCGCAACACCAAGCUGCAGCAGGAGAACGAGCAGCACAGCACGGGCCUGGAGCAGCUCAUCCUGGACAACCAGCAGCGCUCCUCCGACCUCAAGAUGAAAGACGAAGAGGUGGCUCAGAUGCGUCAGGAGAUCUCCAAGCUGACCAAAGUGCGCGAGGCCACCCAGCGCAGGCUGCGUCUGACCGAUGACCAGAAGCUGGAGGUGGAGCAGCAGAGGGACAUGCUGAAGAACCAGAUCACUGGCCUGGAGAAAGAGAUGGAGCUUUCCAAAAAGCAGAUGGAGGUAGACAAGAAAGCCAUCGAUGAGCUUGUGCGAGAGAGAGAUAUCUUGAACAAGAACAUGAUCAAGGCGGCCAACGCCACGGAGAAGCAGAUGAACAUGGUGAAGCUGCACGAGCAGUCCAAGAAGAACCUGGAGCAGGAGAUCAUGAACUACCGCGACGAGGCGCAGAAGCAGCGCAAGAUCAUCUACCAGCUGGAGAAGGAGCGUGACCGCUACAUCAAUGAGGCUAGCGACCUCACGCAGAAGGUGUUGCAGCACAUGGAGGACAUCAAGGUGCGCGAGAUGCAGAUCUUCGAGUACAAGAAGAAGAUAGCUGAAGCGGAGACCAAACUCAAGCAGCAGGCAGAACCUCUACGAGGCCGUCCGGUCAGACCGGAACCUCUACAGCAAGAACCUGAUUGAGGCCCAGGAUGAGAUCACAGAGAUGAAGCGGAAGCUGAAGAUCAUGAACCACCAGAUCGACCAGCUGAAGGAGGAGAUCAACGGCAAGGAGGCGGCGCUGGUCAAGGAGCAUCUGGAGUUCCAGCGCGUGGAGAAGGAGAAGGAGGUUCUC